CGGCAAAGAAAGUAACUUAUUGAAGCGAUAGUUUCCGCUGUGUCCGAGUGAACGACAGAAUUUUGCGUGUGCGUGUGUGCCUGAACCCUUCGAAGCGCUCCGGAACGAUUUUGGAUUGUGCAAAAUCAUGGCAUACUCCAAUAAAUUCACCUACGCGACAUUGCCCCGAACACAGCGAGGCCAACCGAUCGUGCUGGGUGGUGAUCCGAAGGGCAAAAACUUCCUCUACACCAACGGUCACUCGGUCAUUAUCCGCAACAUUGAGAAUCCGGAAAUUGCUGACAUCUACACGGAGCACUCGUGUGCGGUAAAUGUGGCCAAAUAUUCCCCCAGUGGGUUUUACAUCGCUUCUGGCGAUCAGUCCGGCAAGAUCCGGAUCUGGGACACGGUGAACAAGGAGCACAUACUGAAGAACGAGUUCCAACCGAUCGGUGGUCCGAUCAAGGACAUCUCGUGGUCACCGGACAGCCAGCGGAUCGUGAUCGUGGGCGAGGGUCGGGAACGGUUCGGGCACGUCUUUAUGGCCGAAACGGGCACAUCGGUGGGCGAGAUUUCGGGCCAAUCGAAACCGAUCAACUCGUGUGACUUUCGCCCGGCCCGGCCGUUCCGCAUUGUGACCGGGAGCGAGGACAAUACGAUCGGCGUGUUCGAGGGCCCGCCGUUCAAGUUCAAGAUGACCAAGCAGGACCACACGCGGUUCGUGCAGGCGGUCCGCUACUCGCCGAGUGGCCAUCUUUUCGCUUCCGCAGGGUUCGACGGGAAGGUGUUCCUGUACGAUGGAACGACGUCCGAGUUGGUGGGAGAGGUCGGUUCCCCGGCGCACAGUGGCGGUGUGUACGGUGUGGCCUGGAAGCCGGACGGCACGCAGCUGCUGACCUGUUCCGGCGAUAAGUCCUGCAAACUGUGGGACGUCGAGACGCGCACGCUGAUCAGUGAGUUCCCGAUGGGCGCCACGGUCGAUGAUCAGCAGGUGUCGUGCCUGUGGCAGGGCGAGCACGUCCUCUCGGUGUCCCUGUCCGGGUUCAUUAACUACCUCGACGUGAACAAUCCGACGAAGCCGCUGCGCAUCGUGAAGGGUCACAACAAACCGAUCACGGUGCUGACGGUCAGCGAUGAUCGUAGCACGAUCUACACCGGUAGCCACGACGGAGCCGUAACGAACUGGAACUCGGGUAGCGGCUGCAACGACCGGGUUGGUGGCAUCGGCCACGGUAAUCAGAUCAACGACAUCCGGGCAGCGGGAGAUUUCGUGUACACGGCCGGCAUCGACGACUCGAUCAAGCAGAUCAGUGUCGAGGGCAAUCAGUACACCGGGGUGGACAUGAAGCUGGCAUGCCAACCGCGGGGUAUGGACAUUCAAAAAGGUGAUGGUGGCAGCAAUACGAUCGUGGUCGGGUGUGUCAAGGAGCUGACCGUGCUGGUGGACCGCCAGAAGGUGUCGACCCUUCCGAUCGCGUACGAAUCGAGUUGCGUGAGCAUCAACGCGGAAACGAAGGACGUAGCGGUCGGGGGGGACGAUAGCAAGGUGCACAUUUACUCGUUCGAUGGCAGCCAGCUGGUGCCGAAGGUUGAUCUCGAACACCUCGGACCGGUUACCGAUUGCCGUUACUCGCCCGACAACAAGCUGCUGGUCGCUUGUGAUGCGCACCGUAAGGUGAUCCUCUACAGUGUGGACGAGUAUAAGCCGGCCCACAACAAGGAAUGGGGCUUCCACAAUGCCCGAGUGAACUGUGUCGCCUUCUCGCCCAAUUCGCAGCUGGUGGCCAGCGGAUCGCUCGAUACCACUAUCAUCAUCUGGUUCGUGGCCAGUCCGGCCAAACACACGAUCAUCAAGAAUGCCCAUCCGCAGUCACAGAUUAACGGGCUGGUAUGGCUGGACAACGAAACACUGAUUUCAACCGGACAAGACUGUAACACGAAGGUUUGGAACAUUGAAAACGUUGCCUAAACCUCCGAUUCGCCUGAGUGUUGAGAAAAUGUGAAAAUGGCCAAAAAAGCGAGCGAGCAUCAAGGUGAUCGACAGAGCCGCCCGGGACAACAAACUGCAGCCCACCACCAGCACCACCACCACCAUUUUUUUUCUUUUACGCUGUACACAAUGGUCGUAUUUAUUUCUCUGUUAUCAGUUCCUUUCGUUACCUUGCCUUGCUGUGGUCACGCACGUUGGUCCGACCCGUCCGAGACGGAAGCGUGAAACAGGAUGGCGACUGAUUGAGCCGGAUCUUCCGUCAUUAAGGUCACCGUACAAAGUAUGCGUUUUUUGUGUGUUUUUGUGUGCGAGUGUGUGUUGCGCCGAUCAGUUUCGAUCUUCAUGGCUUCCGUUUUCUCGUGAAGCACCCAGAAAGGUAUUAGUAACCGGUAUUCGCUACAGUCACAGCCGCGCGUUUCUUUCUUGCCCCAGUUCCCAGGAAGUCAAAUGCAUUUAACUGUUAGCCCCCAUGCUUUUGCCAACACGCAUUUUUGCGCCAGUCCUUGUUUGGAACCAUCAAACGGAAGGAACGAAAACAAACCAAGAGAGCCAGAGAGACAGAGGAGAGAGAGACCGAACGGCUGACUAAUCGGGGGCCGGUCGUAAUACUAAUUUGAUUAUUUUAUUAGUGAUUUGCUAUGAACGAACAUUUUCUACAAAUAAACCUUUUUUACGAUGA